AUGUUUUUGAAGGCGGGUAGAGGGAAAAAAAUAACAACAGCGAGCGUAGAUGGGCUUGGCUGUGUCGUUAUGGAGCCCCCCUUGAGCAAGAGGAACCCGACACUGAGAUUAGCGGAUUUGGCAGCGGCUCAGCCCCAUCCUCACCAGAACAUGACAGGCUUCCCGGGGCUGGGGAACCACCACGUCCACCCCCACCACGCGGCCCACCUCCACCCCGGGGACGCGGGCGGCGACCCCGGCGGUGCCCUCACGCCGCUCGGACCCGAGCACAUGGCACAGCCAGCCGCCCUCAAGCUCACACCCGAGGCGCUCACCGCCGCCGCCGCCGCUUUCGCGCGCCCGUCGCCGCCACCGCUACCACCGCCGCCGCCGCCGCCGCCACCGCCGCCGCCGCCGCCACCACCGCCGCCGCCUACGCCGCCCGCUGCCGCCCUCCCGGGUUACCCGUCGGGGGGGGCGGCGGGCCGGGACUUCCUCCUGCGGCGGGAGCUGCCCGCCGCCUCGGCGCACGGGGCGCUGGGCGAUCAGCACCCGCCCGCCGGGUCCCCCCACCUCCCACACCCGCCGCCUCACGGCGUCUUCAUUUCGGCCGCCGGCACUUACGGCGCGGCCGACGGGGCGCACGCCGCCUUCCCGCCGCCGCCGCCCGGCGAGCCAGGCACGCCCGCCGGCCGCCACCCGCCGCUCAACGGGCAGAUGCGACUUGGGCUGGCGGCCGCCGCCGGGGAGCUGUACGGACGAGGCGAGGCGCACUACGGUGCCGCCGCCGCUUCUUCCUCGGCGCUGCAAGGCUACGGCUCCGUCAACCUCAACCUGGCGGCGGCGGCAGCGGCUGGCCACGCACCCGCACCACCCCCAUCCCCACCACCACCACCAUCACCCCACCACCACCAUGCUCACGUCGGAGCGGCGGCGGCGGCGGCCGGGGCCUUCCUGCGAUACAUGCGGCAGCCCAUCAAGCAAGAGCUGAUAUGCAAGUGGAUCGACCGGGAGCCUCCGCCUCCGCCGCCGCCACCGGGCGGGAGGAAGCCUUGCUCGAAAACUUUCAGCACGAUGCAGGAGCUCGUGAGCCAUGUCACCGUGGAGCACGUCGGCGGGCCCGAGCAGAGCAGCCACGUGUGCUACUGGGAGGAGUGUCCCCGCGAAGGCAAGCCCUUCAAAGCGAAAUACAAACUCAUCAACCACAUCCGAGUGCACACGGGAGAGAAACCCUUCCCCUGCCCCUUCCCUGGCUGCGGCAAGGUCUUCGCCCGUUCCGAAAACCUCAAGAUCCACAAACGGACUCAUACAGGGGAGAAGCCCUUCAAGUGCGAGUUCGACGGAUGCGAGAGGAAGUUCGCUAACAGCAGCGACCGCAAGAAGCACUCCCACGUCCACACCUCCGACAAGCCCUACUACUGCAAGAUCCGCGGCUGCGACAAGUCCUACACUCACCCCAGCUCCCUGCGGAAGCACAUGAAGAUCCACUGCAAGUCCCCGCCGCCCUCCCCACCGCCGGGCUCCCAGGGCUACGCGGCAGCGGGGCCCCCCGACGGCCCGCUGCCCCCCGAGGCCGACCCGGCCGCCGAGCCGCCCCGCGGCCGCGCCGCCGCCCUCUCCCCGCCGGUCACCAACCUCAGCGAGUGGUACGUCUGCCAGGCGGGGGGUGCUCCCCGCCGGCCCCACACCCCGUCCAGCCGCGGCACCUCCCCGGACUCUGAGGGGGACGAGCCCCACAGGACCUCGGCGGGCAGAACCGCUCCUUAG